CCCUUCUCUCUCUCUCUCUGUGCUCAGAUAGCUUUCCAUUUUCAAGGUCACCCUUUUGCAGCUGUAUUUGCCAUUUGAACUGAAACUACUUCUCGACUUUCUAUGCCUGAGAUUUAACGUACAGUCUUCUCGAUCUUUUUUCAGUAAUCUCGGGGUUAUCACAAAAACCUGGGAAUGCUGAAAGAUGUGCUUGAAAGCUGAUAAUUCCUUCUUUGAAGAUGAUGAGGUUGUUGCUCCGUUUGGUCUGCCCUUGUUUAUAUUUGAUGACAUCGGGUGUUUGACUUACACCCCAUUAGGCUUCCGUGCACAAAUUCUCUAUGCAGAUAGAAAUUUAAGAGAACACAACAUUUCAAAAUAUGAUGUCAGUGAAGAUGGUUGAGCUUUUAUGUUGAUAAGAUUGGUUCUUUCCUCGUACAAUAUAACUAUAUCAAAUAUAUUGCACUAGCCGGUAAAAGUUGUUAUAUUUUGUUAUGGAAAACAAAGCAAGUAUAUUGAUGCAACGGUACGAAUUAGGGAGACAAUUGGGCCAAGGUACCUUUGCCAAGGUUUACCAUGCAAGGAACCUUAAAACUGGCAUGAGUGUGGCCAUUAAGGUGAUUGAUAAAGAGAAAAUUUUGAAGGUUGGGAUGAUUGAUCAGAUUAAGAGGGAAAUUUCUGUCAUGAGAUUGGUUAGACAUCCAAACGUGGUGGAGCUUUAUGAGGUAAUGGCUAGCAAAGCCAAGAUUUACUUUGUUAUGGAGUAUGCAAAGGGUGGUGAGUUGUUCAGCAAGGUAGCCAAAGGAAAGCUGAAGGAGGAUGUUGCUAGAAGAUAUUUUCAACAGUUGAUCAGUGCUGUUGAUUACUGCCAUAGUCGAGGUGUGUUCCAUCGUGAUUUGAAGCCAGAAAACCUACUGCUGGAUGAGAACGGGAAUCUGAAGGUUUCAGAUUUUGGAUUGAGUGCCCUUGCUGAAUCUAAGCGUCAAGAUGGGUUGCUCCAUACAACCUGUGGGACCCCUGCAUAUGUUGCUCCAGAAGUGAUUAACAGAAAAGGCUAUGAUGGAUCCAAAGCUGAUAUUUGGUCUUGUGGGGUGGUUUUAUAUGUUCUGUUGGCGGGUUAUCUCCCAUUCCAAGAUUCAAAUCUGAUGGAGAUGUAUAAGAAGAUUGGUAAGAGUGAAUUUAAAUUUCCUAAUUGGUUUGGUCCCGAAGUUCGCAGGUUGUUGUCAAGGAUCUUGGAUCCAAACCCAAAUACCAGGAUAUCCAUAGCCAAGAUAACGGAUAAUUCGUGGUUCCGAAGGGGGUUAGUCCCCAAGUCCCGAGUUAUUCAUUCAGAAGCGAAAGAACCUGCCCCUCUGGAUGCUGAUGCAGUUUUUGGACCUAAUGCGAAUAGCAGUUCCAUCACAGAAUCAAAGCAAGAAUUGGCAAAGCCUUCUAGCUUAAACGCUUUUGAUAUUAUCUCAUUUUCUGCUGGCUUCGAUUUGUCUGGUUUAUUUGAGGACACUGACCAGAAGAAAGAACUGCGAUUUACAUCCAAUAAACCUGCCUCAACCAUAAUCUCAAAGCUGGAAGACAUUGGCAAGCGACUGAAGCUGAAAGUGAAAAAGAAAGACGGAGGGUUGUUGAAAAUGGAGGGGUCCAAGGAAGGCAGGAAAGGGGUGCUGGGCAUUGACACUGAGAUAUUUGAGAUCACCCCACUUUACCAUAUGGUGGAGAUGAAGAAGUCGAGUGGAGAUACACUGGAGUACCAAAAGAUGUUGAAGCAGAAAGUAAGACCAGCUCUCAAGGACAUUGUUUGGACCUGGCAAGGGGAACAGCAGCAGCAAGAAGUGGGGCAACAAGACCAACAAAUUCCGCAUGUUCUUCUGCCGCAGGUUGUCUUACCUCCAGAUUCGUAGAAGUUUGCUGUUUCUAAGGGAUUAACUGUGAUUUGUGUCUAUAUUUAUUUCGAGGUUUGUCGUUGUAAAUAAAGCAAAUAACUACUGGAAACGACAUUUAUAUAUUUUGUUUAGUUUGUUUCA